GUCUUCCUCUGUCUCACUAAAAAGGCUAGGUCUUGCCGCCGCCGCCGCCGGCGAGAUGAGCGCGGCCCAGGAUGCCCCCCGCCGUAGCACGCGCACGCGCACGCGCACGCGCCUCCGUCCACCUACCCACGCGAGUGAGCCGGGCCAAGCAGUGGCCCGCCGCCGCAGCACGCGCCUCCAUCCCCAUCCCCAGAUCCACGCCAGUGACGACGGCGACGGAGUGGCCCGCCGCCGCAGCCCGCGCCUCCAUCCCCAGGCGCACGCGAGCGAGGAGGGCGAAGGAGUGGCUCUCCGGAGCGGCGCGCGCCUCGGUCCCCAUGUCCACGCGGGUGAGGAGGCAUCCGGAGUGACCCGCCGCAGUCGUCGUCGUCGCCGCCGCGGCAGCUCGCCGCUUGAGAUCGAAGAUCUUCUUUGGGAGAUCCUCCUCCGUCUCCCGCCGCAGCCCUCCUCCCUUCCACGCGCCUCCGCCGUCUGCAAGCGCUGGCGAUGCGCCGUCACCGACCCCAGGUUCCAACGCCGAUUCUGCCAACACCACCGGAAGCCGCCCCUCCUCGGCUUCUUCAAGCACAGCGUCGAUGGUAUCGUUUUCAAACCUGUCCUGGACCCUCCCGACUGUAUCCCUCCUCAACGCUUCCACAUGCGACUCCACGGCAUUGACAGUGGCCAUGGCACGGGGGUUAAACUGCUGGGGUGCCGCCACGGCCGCCUCCUCAUCAUGCCCUGGCAACGGUCAGAGCUUAUUGUAAUUGCUCCCAUCACCGGCAAGAAGCUCUGCCUGACCGUUCCGUCCAAGUUCAAGGGGGACUGCUACCUUGAUGGGGAGGUGCUCUGUGCUGCUGCUGACCAUGGACACGUGCAUGGAAGCUGCCACUCAAGCCCAUUCAAGGUGGUUUUGCUGUCGACGAGCACCUACCGUCAUGGUCCACAGCCCGCCUUUGCAUGUGUUUACUCCUCAGAGACUGGCAUGUGGAGCGAUCUUAUCUCAACGCCGACUCCAUGUCAGCUUCAUGGUGCUUAUAUUCAUGGGUCACUUAUUGGUAAUUCACUUUACUGGAUGUGCACUCACAGAAUGUAUAUAUUUGAGUUUGAUUUGGAUGGUCAGAGCCUAGCUUUGAUCACAGUGCCUCCCAAAAUAAAUGAUGUCCGCCACAACUAUGACCAACGUGAGAUCAUCCAGAUGGUGGAUGGUGUUGUUGGUCUUGCCAUAUUGUCUCCUUAUUACCGUAGCAUUCAAAUGUGGCAGUGGAACGUCAAUUGUCAUGGUGAUACCAAAUGGGUGUUGUGCAAGUCCAUUGAAAUGAAUAACAUUCAUGGGAUCCCUCCUGGGGUUAAAGGAGAGAUGCCAGAGUUGGUAUUUAGACUGAGAUAUGCUGAGGAUACUGGUGAUAUAUUUAUAUAUGUGGGCUGGAGUGUCUAUAUGGUUCAACUCAAGUCGAUGCAAUCUUGGAAACUUUGUGAAACCCACUAUGUUAAUGGCCAUCAUCCUUUCAAUAGUUUCUAUAUGCCAGCCAUUGCUCGUGGAUGUGAUGGAGAUGAAAUGUUGCAAGAGACAUAGGAUGACUAUUUGGUUCGGUGUGCUAAUGUACAAAAGCGAUUCAACAGGUGAAGAAAGGGCUGCUGGAGUUUUUUGCUGUCAUUGAGUUUAUCGCGCACCAUCAUUGUGGUUGGCAGUUUUUUUUUGGGCGGGGUUGUUGGCAGUGUUUAUGUUAUAUGAAGAAACUUACCAAGUGUGCGCUUUAGCUAAGUUUCUAAUGUAGCAAGAUGCUUUUGGAUACCCUAGUAUUUUUUCAAUUCGGAUUCCGUCGUCCCUUGGUUUAUGUAUGUGGUGACCCUCGUUGCAAAGAGAGAAAGUUGAGUCGUUGUUUGCAUGGAGAAGUGUGAUGGCAAAUGAACCCUCGUAAAGCACAAUUUCACUUUUGGUGUUUACGACUGAUAUUAUUGUUGAAGAAAUUUGAAUAUGAAUGAGCUAGAGGACUCGUCAUUCUCGCAA